UAGUCCCGCACGGACGACGUCGCCACAAACUCAUGCGCUUCCUGAUUUAAUGACGAUAUCUGCUUAUUUUGACAACAAUGGCAAACCCCAAAGUUUUCUUCGACAUCACCAUUGAUGGCGCUAACGCAGGCAGGAUCACCAUGGAGCUUCGAGCAGACGUGGUGCCAAAGACUGCUGGUAGAGAACUUCCGGGCUCUUUGUACGGGAGAAAAAGGUUUUGGCUUCAAGAACUCCACGUUUCAUCGCAUCAUUCCCAAGUUCAUGUGUCAGGGCGGAGAUUUCACCAACCACAACGGGACAGGAGGAAAGUCCAUCUACGGAGAGAAGUUCGCCGACGAGAACUUCCAGCUGAAGCACGGCGGCGUGGGGACGCUGUCUAUGGCCAACGCCGGGCCCAACACCAACGGCUCGCAGUUCUUCAUGUGCACGGCGGCCACUGACUGGCUCAACGGGAAGCACGUGGUGUUCGGGAGCGUGGUGGACGGCGUGGACGUGCUGAAGAACGUCGAGAAGCAGGGAACCAAGAGUGGAACCCCUAAAGCCAAGGUGGUCAUCGCCGACUGCGGGGAACUCAAGUAGAACCUUCCCGCCACAAAUCUCCCCCCUUGCACGUACAGUCAGAGGCACUUCUUCACCUCACCACUAGAGGUCGCUGUUACACACCCCUCUUCCUUGUCUGGAUGCUGUAGAACUUUGUGUUCUAACACGGUGGUUCUUAACCUUGUUGGAGGUACACUUUCACCCAACCCUUCUUUAGUGGAAAAUAAAAUGGUGGUUUUUUUUCAAAUUCAAGACAAAGUUAUAUGUUUUUGGUAACACUUUAGUAUGGGGAACAUAUUCUAAGUAAAAAAGACUUAAUUUAGAGUUUUUUGGACACUAGAGGAACAUAUUCUAAGUAACAAAGACUUAAUUUAGAGUUAUUUGGACACUAGGGGAACAUAUUCUAAGUAAAAAAGACUUAAUUUAGAGUUAUUUGGACACUAGGGGAACAUAUUCUAAGUAACAAAGACUUAAUUCAGAGUUAUUUGGUCACUAGGGGAACAUAUUCUAAGUAACAAAGACUUAAUUUAGAGUUAUUUGGACACUAGGGGAACAUAUUCUAAGUAAAAAAGACUUAAUUUAGAGUUAUUUGGACACUAGGGGAACAUAUUCUAAGUAACAAAGACUUAAUUUAGUUAUUUGGACACUAGGGGAACAUAUUCUAAGUAACAAAGACUUCAUUUAGUUUUUUGGACACUAGGGGAACAUAUUCUAAGUACAAAGACUUAAUUUAGAGUUAUUUGGACACUAGGGGAACAUAUUCUAAGUACAAAGACUUAAUUUAGAGUUAUUUGGACACUAAAGGAACAUAUUCUAAGUAACAGACUUCAUUUAGAGUUUUUUGGAAUCUAGGGGAACAUAUUCUGAAUAAAAAAGACUUAAUUUAGAGUUUUUUCGACACUAGAGGAACAUAUUCUAAGUAACAAAGACUUCAUUUAGAGUUUUUUCGACACUAGAGGAACAUAUUCUAAGUAACAAAGACUUAAUUUAGAGUUUUUUGGACACUAGGGGAACAUAUUCUAAGUAACAAAGACUCAAUUUAGAGUUUUUUGGACACUAGGGGAACAUAUAAGUAACAAAGACUUAAUUUAGAGUUAUUUGGACACUAGGGGAACAUAUUCUAAGUAACAAAGACUUAAUUUAGAUUUUUUUGGACACUGAGGGAACAUAUUAUAAGUAACAAAGACUUAAUUUAGAGUUUAUUGGACACAAGGGGAACAUAUUCUAAGUAACAAAGACUUAAUUUAGAGUUUUUUGGACACUAGGGGAACAUAUUCUAAGUAAAAGACUCAAUUUAGAGUUUUUUGGACACUAGGGGAACAUAUUCUAAGUACAAAGACUUAAUUUAGAGUUUUUUGGACACUAGGGGAACAUAUAAGUAACAAAGACUUAAUUUAGAGUUAUUUGGACACUAGGGGAACAUAUUCUAAGUAACAAAGACUUAAUUUAGAGUUUUUUGGACACUGAGGGAACAUAUUCUAAGUAACAAAGACUUAAUUUAGAGUUUAUUGGACACAAGGGGAACAUAUUCUAAGUAACAAAGACUUAAUUUAGAGUUAUUUGGACACUAGGGGAACAUAUAAGUAACAAAGACUUAGUUUAGAGUUAUUUGGACACUAGAGGAACAUAUUCUAAGUAACAAAGACUUAAUUUAGAGUUAUUUGGACACUAGGGGAACAUAUUCUAAGUAACAAAUACUUAAUUUAGAGUUUUUUGGACACUAGGGGAACAUAUUCUAAGUAACAAAGACUUAAUUCAGAGUUAUUUGGUCACUAGGGGAACAUAUUCUAAGUAACAAAGAUUUAAUUUAGAGUUUUUUGGACACUAGGGGAACAUAUUCUAAGUAACAAAUACUUAAUUUAGAGUUUUUUGGACACUAGGGGAACAUAUUCUAAGUAACAAAUACUUAAUUUAGAGUUUUUUGGACACUAGGGGAACAUAUAAGUAAAAAAGACUUAAUUUAGAGUUUUUUUGGACACUAGGGGAACAUAUUCUAAGUAACAAAGACUUAAUUUAGAGUUUUUUGGACAAUAGGGGAACAUAUUCUAAGUAACAAAGACUUAAUUUAGAGUUAUUUGGUUAGGGUUAGGGUCAGGGUUAGAGGGUUAGGGUUAUAAUGAGGCCAUGCUGAAUAAGGCAUUAAUAAGUACUUAAUAAUGACUAGUUAAUAUGUUACUAAUUUGCAUGUUAAUAAGCAACUAAUUAAUGGUGAAUAUGUUCCCCAUACUAAAGUGUUACCAUGUUUUUUUAGUGGUGCACUUGAUGAAGCGUGCAUGAACAUCACCUUGUUCAAACAACAAAACCAACACAGUGCAUAAACUCACAACAAACUACACACCUGCAAAUCAGUGUGACUUCUGCUGUAUCCGUAAUACGCCGAUAGGGAGAAGUUUGUACUUACACGAUGAGUCGGGUGUGUCUCGACCUCCGCCCAACUCAGGUUAAGAACCACUGUUCUAACAAGAGCUCUUUCCAACUGUAUUUGUGAUUAAGAACAUUUAUUAAAAUCAAGCAGUUAUACAAAGUAUUCACAAUAAAAACACAAGGCUUCAAUGUC